AUGGAUCAUCGUCGACUUCACCGUCGAACUCGACAACAGGUUGGACUCCAUGGUCCAGGUCCACAACAUUUGGAUAUCGUGCAACAGAUUGCAAGUGUUAUUGCACUAUCGUUGCAGCAAAAUCAGUGUGAAAACGUCCAUAAUGGACGAUCUCGUCGUAUUGGAGGUAGUAAACAGGGAUGUUUGGCAUCGACGCUUCGUGUGGCUCAACAGAACGUGUCGGACAUGACGAUAUAUCUUCAACAGCAACGACAAGACAGUCAGAGGGAUACAAUUAGGACAAGACAAGAUCAAGAAAAUGGUACAAAACAGAAAGAUGGAAUUCCUUGUGAUAAGUCUACAAUAUGUGGCAUUUGCUUGGAACGGAACGUCGUUCAUGGUGACAAGACAAAAGAAGAUGAAUUUAUCAACGUGUUUGUCCAAUGGAUCGAAGACCAGUGGACUAAAUCUGUUGCUGAGUGUCUUGAAGUGAGGCAGCAACUUGAGGGCAAAUAA